GUCCGACUGUACAUUGAAUAAACCCAACACCCGGCACCUGACGCCCGUUCAAGAAUUCCAACCAGCAAUAGACCGUUUCUGCAGCCGCCAUCAUGUCGGGCCAAAUUGCAGCUUUGGAGGAGGAUCGCCAACAGUAUCAAGAGCAGCUCGAUGUUGUUCUCGCCGGCCUCAAAGAUGAUCCCGAAAAUGCCGAACUCAAGAAUCUUCAGGCGGAGUUGAAUGACAUGAUUUCCCUCCUAAACGAGUCUCUUGCUGAGCUGCAGCCGAAGCAGGCGCCCAAGCCCGUCCCCCAGAAAGCCCCCAGCCCGCCGGAGCCCGAGAAGUGGUCCAAGGAGAACCACCCAGCUUUCAAGAAGGCUGCACCCGCCCCCGAAGAGAAGGAGGAACCACCCGUCACGUACUCGGUGAAUGACACUGUCAUGGCGAAAUGGGCAUCGGGGGACAGAGGCUUCUAUCCUGCCCGAAUCACAUCCAUCACCGGCUCCUCAACAGAUCCCGUCUACAUUGUCAAGUUCAAGAGCUAUGACAACACGGAAACACUGCGGGCCAAGGACAUCCGCCCCAUGUCCAACAAACGCAAGGCUGACGGAGCACCAGCUCCCGCAUCUAGCACCGCACAACAGACCGCACGUCCGCCGGGCCCCUCGAAUGGUGUCGUUACAUCCGCAGCAGCUAGCCUGUACCCGGAGCAACAAGCCAAGAUUGAAGCCGAGAAGAAUGCUGCCGAUGGCGCCGCAAAGCCACCCAAAGCCAAGAAGAUCAAAGCCACGAAAGAAUUGGAAAAGGGCAAAUCCAAGUGGCAAGAGUUCAACUCGAAGUCCAAGUUCGGAAAGCAUAAGAAGGACAGCAUGUUCCGCACACCCGACGGCGUUGGCGGCCGAGUUGGUUUCACAGGUUCUGGCCAAGCUAUGCGGAAAGACACUGCUCGCAGUCGACACGUUUAUCAACAAAACGAUGAGCUCGACUAACUGCUACUAGGGCAUAGGGAAGCGGGAGGAUCUUAAGGGAAGGAGGUUCAAGGCAUUGGCGUUCAUGGGUGAUUUGGCACUCUCAUUCUCUUCAUGGUAAAGUGUCUUGUUUCCGCGUUACAUAGGCUAACGGUUUGUACACAUGUGUUUUACUUACUCCAGGCGACCAUGG